AUGAGCCAAGCAGAGGGUCAUCGGAAGACUUUAGACGCUACGGUGCGUGAUGACAACCCCUACAGCCGUCUCAUGGCGCUGCAGCGGAUGGGCGUUGUGGAGAACUACGCGGCCAUUCGCGACAAGUCCGUUGCCAUCAUCGGCGCCGGUGGCGUCGGCAGCGUCGUGGCGGAGAUGCUGACACGCUGUGGCAUUGCCAAGUUGCUGCUUUUUGACUACGAUAAGGUGGAGCUGGCGAACAUGAACCGCCUCUUCUACCGCCCUGAGCAGCAGGGCAUGACGAAGGUGGAAGCAGCGAAGCAGACACUCGAAAGCAUUAACCCUGACACGGAGAUCGUGCCCUACGCCUUCAGCAUCACACUGACGGAGCACUGGCAGGACUUCGCCGACGCGCUGACACAGCACGGCGGUGUAAGGCCCAACACGCCAGUGGAUUUGCUGCUGUGCUGCGUCGACAACUUUCAGGCGCGCCUGACGGUGAACUACGCCUGUCUUCAGUUCAGCAUCCCGUGGAUGGAGAGCGGCGUCGCCGAGAAUGCGGUGAGCGGGCACAUACAGUUGCUGCUGCCGGGUGUGACGCCGUGCUAUGAGUGCUGCCCACCCCUCGUUGUGGCAACAGGCAUGCCGGAGGCGAAGCGCGAGGGUGUGUGUGCGGCGUCGUUGCCCACCACAAUGGGCAUCGUCGCGGGUUUCCUCGCGCAGAACGCGCUCAAGUACCUGCUGGGCUUCGGUACCGUAAGCGAGUACGUCGGCUACGAUGCGAUGCGGGAUCACUUUCCCUCCGUCACCAUCAAGGCAAACCCCGAGUGCCGCAACGAGACGUGUUUGGCACGGCAGCGGGAGUACGCGGAGCGGCGGGCCGCAAUGGGCGACGCGGCCCACCCACUUUACCACGCCACGCAACUCCGCGCGGAGCGGGAGGCGAAGGAGCUUGAAGCUGCAAGAGCGAAGGCUGCUGCUUCCGCAGCGGAGUGGGGCAUCGUCGUGGAGGCACAGGGUAAAGAGGACUUGACCGUCAGCUCACAGCAGCAGCAGCAGCAACAACAACAACAACACGCUCGCGCGGACGGGAACAGCGGUGUUGAGUAUGCGUACGGUACCAGUAGCGCGGAAGGCGCUAGGGGUCAUACGGAGGAGGAGUUUGUUGGUGCGGGGAGUGGCGAGUCACUCGAGGCGUUGAUGGCGAAGAUGAAGGCACUGCAACACUAA